AUGAAUAGAAAGAAAGAGUUCUCCUUGGCGGGUGACAGUAAUGAAGAGCUUAAAAGAAGGAAAAUUAGAGCUAUAAGGCAAUGUCUUAAGAUACUAGAAGAGGAUUUUACAGAACCAAGUCUGAGAAACAGUGAUUCGUGUCAUAUGUCAAAAGCCACGAGUGUGAAAGCAUUGCAUGAUGACGUGAAGGAUGAAGACACUGAUUUGUUUGGUUUCUCUUCUGCAGAAACCAAAUCUGAUUUUAAACUUGGGCUGUGCGGUGGCAACUCACAAAGGCUAGCAAGGCUCUUCAGUCACAAUACUGAAGACAAAAGUGUUCAGCACCCAGUUUCUUCAAAUGAUGGGCUGCGGGAUAAACCAUCUCUAGCUCCAUCAGCAGACAUGGACCACGAAACUAUGGAAGAUAUUGAUGAAGCUUUGUGCAUAGCUAUUUGUAAUCUCAGCCACUUACAUGAUGCAGAUGAGAUGCUGAAAUACUUCGAAUUGAAAGUGAAGCAGGAAGGAGACAAAGUUGCAGAAACUGCAGAUAGAACGUUUGAUGAACUUAUUACUUCUCUCAUGUCAAGGAAAAAGAAGUUGUGUGCAGAAUUAGUGAAGAGCAUCAACAACUACAAUGCUGGUAUUGCAAAAGCUAAGGAAGUCAUUAAAGAGAAGGAAAAGUGCUUGAUUGGUGCCAUUAGGAUUGCAAAGGAAUUAAAAAUGACACCUUCUGUAAGAAGCUAUUGUGAUCUCACUCAGGUUAUUUUUAAUUUAAAGUUGCCAGUUGAGCCUGAGCUCUCAAGAGUGAAUAUUUUGAAGGAAAAAAUAUCUCCAAGGUUGUUCCUAAACACUGAUGAGAUUACGUCUUUGUUAAAAAAUUUGGGCAAGAUUGAAUGGGGAACAACAAGGGAUGAAGAUAAUGGACAACACAUCCUUGAGGAAUCUCCAUCCAGCCCUGAUGUCAUAAUAGAAGAAAUAUUUGAAGAUGACCUGGAAAGUUCGACAGAACUAGUGUUUGUAAGCCAUGUUAUAAAUCCAUGCCACUUCUAUAUUCGGAGAUACUCACAGAAGAAAGAAGCCAGGGUUUUAGAGAAGAAAUUGAAAAAUUUUUGUUGUAAUAAGAGUUCAUAUCUCUUACCUUCAGAUGUUUUGGAACUAGGUGCUAGAACUUUUAUUAAGAGUAAGGAAACUGGAAUGUGGUGCCGUGGAACUAUCACUGAACUAAUUCCCCUAAAAAGUAAAGAUGAGAGGAAGCCUCGUGGUCCGAGAAGAUGGAAAGUUUGUGAUAUUGCGCUGCUGAAAGUAUUCCUGAUCGAUUUUGGGAGCUCUGUGGUUCUAAUUUUCUCAGGAUAUGUUCCCACUGAAAGGCCUGAACCUGCUGCUCUGCAAACUAUUGAAACAGAUGACAUUUGUUUGUUUGUAAGGAAGCCUGAUCAGCAUAUUGAGGCAGAACUUGCAGCUGUUCCUCCUUUAGCAGUACGGUGUUCAUUGAAAGAUAUUGUUCCCAAAAAUGCAAGUGAAGGUUGGGGAGAGGAAGCAAAGACAAAAUUUUUAGGAAUGGUAAAUAAUAAAGUUGUUUUAAUGACCAUAUUUAGAGAAGAGGAUGGUGUUCUCAUUGUGGAUUUGAAAAAACCUCCGUUUAGUAAAAUAAGCAAUAACAUGCCAGUGUCUCUCAAGGAUGCGUUGGUUUUUCUAGACUUGGCAAGGUUUAGAUCACAGCUUCCCAGUCAGUUAGAAAAUAAUACCGUCUUGCGGUAUAAUCCACCUAAGAUUCCACAAGAAAGAGAAGAAGUCUCUGUUGUAGUUUGCCACAUCAAUAGUCCAAGUGAUUUCUAUAUCCAAUUGGGAGCGAGCCUGGAUUCUUUAGCUCUUCCAAAGAAAAUUCAGGAGGUAUAUAAACAGGAGUAUGGGAGAAACUUAGAUAUUGUCUGCCCAGUUGAAGGCCAAGCCUGUAUUGCAAAACAGAAAGAUGGGAAUUGGUACAGAGCACAGAUUAUAGGGCUGCCAAGUUGUCAAGAAGUUACAGUAAAAUACGUUGACUUUGGCAGCGUCGCUAACUUAACUCUUAAAGACAUUCGAAAAAUAAAAAAGGAGUUUCUCAGCUUUCCAGAAAAGGCAAUCAGGUGCAGGUUGGCUUGCAUUGAGCCUUAUAAAGGGGCAAAUGACUGGAGCAGAGAAGCCAAGGAAAGAUUUGAACAAAUGACUGAAGAUAAAUUUAUGCUAUGUUCAGUUGUUGAAAUUUUAGAUAAUAACAUCUUAUCUAUUGAACUCUUUGACUCUUCUGCUGUUCAUGGAAGAAGCUUUAGUGUUAACUGCCAGCUAGUUAAAGAAGACCUAGCAUCCUACAUACCUGGGUACACUGAAAGUACUGCUGUAAGGCCCAAUGAAAUAUGGGAUGCUCCUCUAGAAGAAAUUCCUGAAACCUCGGAAGAUUUAAAUCCUAUAGACAUGGAAUCUGUGCAUGAAGGAGAUUUCAAAUCACUUUCUAAGAAAGAGCUGCAAGUGAGAAUCAGUCAUGUUGUGUCUCCUAGUAAAAUUUUUAUACAGUGGUUGUCAUCAGAAAGUAUGCUGAAAAGUUUGCAGGAGAAGAUGGCUACCAUCUACAAAGAAUCCCAGCCACAGUCUGUGAAGUGGGAGAGUACCAUGCACUGUGCUGUUUACGUACAUGAUUUGAAACAGUGGCACAGAGGCCAAAUAAUCAGGAUUGUCUCCAAAACAAGUGCAGAGGUAAUACUUUAUGAUUGUGGAGCUGAAAAAACAGUGGAUAUCAGCUGUCUAAGGAAACUUGAGGAAAACAUGAAGAUAAUUAGGACAUUAGCAACAGAAUGUUCCUUGGCAGAUAUAAGACCAACAGGUGGAAGCAUGCAGUGGACAGCAACAGUGUGUGAAUGUUUAUCCUAUUACCUAACAGGGGCACUAGUAAAAAUAAUCAUACAGGAAAGUGAUGUGGGUUGUGCACUGCCUGUGAAAAUUCUUUGCAAAGAUGAAACAGGACAAUUGAUUGAUGUUUCAGAACACCUUAUUAAAAAGGGUUUGGCUUUUAGAAACAGAAGAACUGAUAAAGCUGGUGUGGCUUGCUCAGUCUCCAAGGAACAUCUUAAAGUACAUUUAGAGCAAGAGAACACACAACGGGAUGGUUGUAAUUCAGAAACUGCAUGUGGAAAAAACAACGCUGCUCCAGAGGAAAACAUCACUGUUUCAGAGAAUGAACAAAAAUCAUGCAAAACAUACAAGGCACUGCUUGAAUCAGGAAUGGAUGAAAUGUAUAAAUCCCCCCUUAUACCUGAAGAGAAAAUCUUUCAAGCUGUAGUAAGUUGUGUUGGACGUGAUGGAACUAUUUACAUAAUACCAAAAUCAUUCGAAAUUGAACUAAACAAAUUGAUGACUGAAAUACAAAGUAACUUCAAAUGCCUUGGUCUUCUGGAACCCUACUGCUGGAAAAAGGGAGAAGCUUGUGUUGUAAGAGGAUCGGAUACCAUGUGGUAUCGUGGUAAAGUUGUAGAACUCGGUAGUACUUUUCAGGUACAGUACAUAGACCAUGGUUGCAUAGAGAGAAUUCCUCAGUGUCAUCUGUAUCCAACUACAUUGUAUACUGGUAUUCCUCCAUUUUGCAUACCAUGUCAGCUCUACAAGACAGUGCCAGUUGGAAAUUUUUGGCAGCAGGAUGCAGUCGAUUGCCUUCAAGAACUACUUACAAAUGAAGAGGUUGAAGUACAUGUUCAGGAAUUACCGGAUAACCCAUGGGAUAAAUUGUCCAUCAGCCUGUACUUUGGUGGAAUGUCGCUUUCUUCCUUCAUGGCAUACCAGAAGUACUGUGUUGCUGAAGAUUCUCAGGACAUACCAGAGCUGGAGCUACUUGAAGGAGACAUUCCUGUUUUGCCUUCGUACAUGUUGCCAUCGCUACCUAUUCCAGGAGAUACCUUUCCUGUCAGGGUUACCCAUUUGGUGUCCCCUAAGGAGGUAUAUAUUUGCCUUGAUCAUUCUAAGAACCUUACGAAGCAGUCUGCCACAGAGGGAGGUGUCAGCUGUGACUCGGAAUUGGAGAGCCUUGAUGAAGCCCUGAAAUGGUGCAAUAAAAGUGUAGAAUCUUUCCCUCUUCUGACACACUUCCAAACAGAAAUGCCUUGCCUUGUAGAAUACCAGGAUGGUUUGUGGUAUAGAGCAAAGCUCCUCUCCAUUGAAGAAUCUGACCCCACUAAGAUGCUGGUACAAUUUGUUGACUAUGGUAGUUUUCUAGUUGUCCCAACAAGCAGAUUGCGUCACAUACCUUAUCAUCUGCUGAAGUACCCUGUUCAGGCAGUACGAGCUCUGUUGGCUGGAUUCAAACCUGUUCCAUAUGACAAAAAUGUGAAAAGAAUUCCUUAUUCCCCAGAAUGGAGCGUGGAAGCGUUGUGGGCUAUGAUGGAGUGCGUUGAAGGAAAACAGCUCUCUGCUUCCAUACUUGCUCUUUCCCCAGAGGUCACCAUUUCUUUGUAUGAAGAUGACCAAAGACUAGUUCACAUGAAACUGAUAGAAAUGGGACUUGCAGAUUUGGAUGAGUGA